UGUGUAAAUGUUUGUAGAGGAAGUGCUGGAGUAUGCUGUAAAAACAUCGAUUUUAAAGUACUAUCCGCUGUCGUCUGCACUCUGCAUGCUAAUCUUUGUUUUAAAAUUGUUCUUCUGAUGUCUGAAGGUCCAGAGAGUGCUGAGGGUAAACCCAUGGGCUUGGAAUCGAAGUACAAGCACCUGUUGGAGCUGUUAAGGAGGACAGCGGUUCACGGUGAGAGUAACUCUUUGCAUAUCAUCGGUCCAUGUGGAUCUGUUAAAACCAUGCUGCUACGUUGUGCUCUGAGAGAGCUGCUGGACUUGCAGGAGGUGAAGAUGAAUGUCCUGCAGGUUCACCUGAGCAGUCUGCUGCAGAUGGACGACCGGAUCGCUCUGAGAGAGAUCACACGCCAGCUUCAACUGGAGAACGUCGUAGGAGACAAAGUGUUGGUGAGUGUGUUCCAGUAUGCUGUCUUCCUCCCUGUCUGUCUGUCUGCAGGUGAUAAAAGCAGCAGUCAGCCAGUGUUCUUCAUCCUGGAAGAGUUUGAUCUGUUUGCUCAUCAUAAGAACCAGACGCUGCUGUACAACCUGCUGGAUGUUUCUCAGUCUGCUCAGGCUCCUGUAGCUGUGGUGGGACUCACCUGCAGACUAGAUGUUCUUGAGCUCUUGGAAAAGUGUGUGAAGUCUCAUUUUUCCCACAGACAGAUUCACCUGUUGAGUUCUCUGACUUUCCGUCAGUAUCGAGACGCCUUUCGGUCCGAGCUCACGCUGCAGGAUGACUUCCCCGACAGCAAGUUCUCUCAGGAGUGGAACCUCUGCGUCUCGGUACGACACACCGCAUCACGAACCUGA